AUGGAGAGCCCCAAUCAAACCGCUGCUCAGGAGUUUGUCUUCACUGCUUUCCCUUAUUCCUGGGGAGAUUCUGUCCUCUGUUUCAUUCCGCUGCUUUUCAUUUAUGUUUUCAUUGUUUUUGGAAACCUGGUCAUCAUCACCGUGGUCCGGCUGAAUGCUCACCUCCAUACUCCCAUGUACUCCUUUAUCAGCGCCCUUUCUCUCCUGGAGAUCUGGUAUACCACAGCUACCAUACCGAAGAUGCUCUCCAGCCUGCUUAGUGAGAAGAAGAGCAUCUCCUUAAACGGGUGUCUUCUGCAGAUGUAUUUCUUCCAUUCCACAGGCAUUAGUGAGGUUUGUCUCUUGACAGCUAUGGCCUUUGACCGCUACCUGGCCAUCUGUAGCCCCCUUCAUUACCCUUCUAUUAUGACCCCCAAACUGUGUGCUCAGAUGACUCUCGGUUGCUGUGUGUGUGGCUUUCUCACACCCCUCCCCGAGAUCGCCUGGAUCUCCAUGCUGCCGUUUUGCGGCUCUCGUCACCUCGAGCAUGUCUUUUGUGACUUCCUCCCGGUGUUACGUCUGGCCUGCACAGACACACGAGCCAUUAUCGUGAUUCAGGUGGUGGAUGUUGUCCACGCGGUGGAGAUUAUAACAGCUGUGAUGCUCAUUUUCAUGUCCUAUGCUGGCAUUGUGGCUGUCAUUCUACGCAUUCGUUCAGCUGAAGGACGUCGCAAGGCGUUUUCCACGUGCGUCUCCCACCUCACCGUCUUUUUGCUCUUCUUUGGCAGCGUGGCUCUCAUGUACCUACGCUUCUCUGCCACCUACUCCUUAUUCUGGGAUACAGCCAUUGCUCUGGCCUUUGCAGUUUUGUCCCCCUUCUUCAAUCCCAUUAUCUAUAGUCUGAGGAAUAAAGAGAUAAAGGAAGCUAUAAAAAAGCUACUCUGCUUAAAAACCGUGUAUGAUCAAACCCACCCUCACUCGAAAUUGUGA